GAUUAGGUGUCAACCCUUUCGAAAUUCAUGAGUACGCUUUUUCAGAUUUUAUGCAGCUACCAAAACAUGUUACGGAGAGGGAUAAUAACAAUGGACUAGCUUGCUAGCUAGAUCUCAACAAAUGUAUGGAUCCUUAGACUUCAGUUGUGCAUUGUUGUACAAUUUCAGGGCUAAACUUCCUCGCCUGAAGAAUAUUAUAGGGUGUUAUUAGCCAACAUGGCUGAGGACAGCGAGUGGGUUGUGGAGAGCAUUGCUGGAUAUUUGUCAAGUCCCGAAUGGGUCAUACCAGUUACGGACUUCAUGGAAAACAAAUGUACAGUUUUUGAUGACGAAGAUGAGAAUAAAUUGACUUACACAGAUAUCCAUCAGCAGUACAAGCAUUUGGUGGAGAAGUUGUUAGAAACCUACAUGCAAGAGGUUGGCAUCAAUGAGCAGCAGUUUUUGGAGGCAUGCUCCUCUCCUUUCGCCAAGUCCAAAACCUUACAGGCUGUAUUCCAUCCCAUCCUGGCCACAGAUGACUUCCAGAUGUUCAGGGCUCUCAUGGUACAGAAGAAUAUGGAGCUGCAGCUCCAGGCGCUGCGUGUCAUUAAAGAGAGAAAUGGCGCUCUGCCUGAGUGUCUCACAGAUGGAGCAGAUGUCAUGAGUGAGCUGGAGCAGCAGGAGCUGAAGAUUCUUCAGGAGGUGCUCAAGAUGUCAAAGGAUGAGUAUGACCAAGAGAUGGCUCUGAGACUGCAGUCAGAGGAGGAGAUUGGCUCCACGUCCAGAAGCUGCUCUGAUAGGCCACUUCUAGAAGCAGCCAGCAUCCAGACGACCGCCUCGACUCAACAGACAAACACCACCAACAAGGUGAACAGUACAUCUCAGAGGAAAGAGGAGCUGAAGCCUGCUGUAGCUGGAGGUGGUGGGCAGAUUAGUCCAGCCAAGACCAGCACAUCUGCCCUUUCUAAGUUGCCAUCAGAGCGGCACAGUUCAGAGCCAAUGAUCCUGCCUGCAGUGAGGGUUCCAGUGAAGGGCAUUGAGCCUCCGGCUGUCUCCAGGGAGAAGGGGAGCAGCAGCCAGGCAGCAGAGGGCUGGAUAGAGGAGGCACGUAAGGAGGCUGGCAUCUCCAAGCCAUUCACAGAGUUGUCAGCAGAGCAGCAGGAGCAACUCCAGCAAAGGGCACUGUACCUGAGGCAGCAGAGGGACAAGCUUCAGGCCAUGAAAAAAGAGCAGAGACCCAAACCAGCCACGCCAGAAACCCCAGCACCCACUCCCAGCACACCGGAGAUCUCUGUCGAAGAAAAAAAGAAGUUGCAGAAAAGAAAACAUCUGGCAGAAAAACUGAAAGAGGAAGUCAUCAAAAAGUAAAACUGCAAUAUAUCUCCCCCAGAGUGUAACUGUAGUCAAACUGGACCAUCAAUUCCUUGGGAGUGAGAUGGACUGUGCUUGUGAAGGGGCAACAGGAAAUGUGCAUUUGUAAUGGAAUGUAGUAUUUCAAUGGUUAUUGAUAGUCUUAAAGGGAAUGACACAUUGGUUUCCUUACCCUAUAAGCAGUCUAUGGGCAAGGUGACAACAAUCCAUGCUUUGGUUUAGUUUCCCUGGCACUGAUUUGGAAAUGAUGCACAAACUAUUCUAAUAUUGGUCCUAUGACUUGAAUAUGAUUUGUUCUACACAUGCUUAAAUGUUAGCAUGUGGUAACAGUGCCAGGGAAACUAAACCAAUGUAUGAAUUACUGUCAUACCUUGUCUAUAGACUGCUUACAGGGUAAGGAAAAAUGAAAUUUUGUAAUUUGGGUGAACUAUCCCUUUGUAUAAUAUGUGGUUUAAUACAUUUUUUAAAAUGUAAAUCCUGCCAGAGAUCUUGUGUAAUAAACCUACUGGUCUGUGACAGGUGGUUAGCAUGAAAAGAUGCAAUUAACUAUCCAUGCUUGUAGAUAAGAUGCUCUGAGGUAUACAUCCUGUUAAGUGUGAAUAGGCAUUAGGAAAUGAUCAGCACACAAAUAUACAAACUUUACUGUAUAUGAAAAAUGUAAGGGUUGUAACAUUAACACAAUUCAGAAAAAUAAGCAGGUUGUUCACAUUUGUAUUGCAGGUUCAAUUCAAUGUAUAUAAACCCUGGAUUGCUGAUGCUAUGUAUUGGCCAUUGAGAACUUUGAAGCAUCUGGUCGGCCGUAUUGGCACUCCUCCAUAGAAUUUUGGUAUUUCAAUUAAAUGUUAAAUACAUGUAAUUUUGUCCUCUCUUUUUGAGUUGGGACAGUAUCUCAAUUAUACAUUAAGGAAAAAUAUGUAUGUUUAGCUCACAAUAUCAUUUAAAAAGUAUUCAUUAAAGGUGCCUAAGAAUAAAUAUGCCAAACAUUUAUGUAGACAAAUGCAUUUCUAAAUAUUUUUUACACUGACGGAGUGCCAAGAUUUAGGAACUGUGGCUUCCAACACAGCACCCCCAACAGCCAUCUAGUGUAAAUAUAAAUCAUUGGUUAAAUUCAACUCCUCCAGAUUAAAAUAAAGCUAGAUUCACACAAUGCCAGGGUCACAAUCUGAAAACGUAUCAAAUGUUUAGAAUAGUGGUAGUAAAUGCACUUGUCAAAUGUUCAUGGAGACAAACCUACACAAUCUAGACAUAUUUGAAAUGGUUACAUUUGGGCACUCAGCUGUUGUACGUACUCAGACUGAAAUGCUUUCCACCUUUCCCUGACAUCACACUUCAUCUGUCAUUAGGAAUGUCUAUAUAAAAUGGCAGUAGCUGGCCUAAACCACCACUGCUGCAAUUUAGGAUUUAAAUAUGCUCUGACCCACAGGGACUGUGCUAGCAACAAAAUCCAUGAGUACUGAACUGGAACACUAGUAUGAGAAGGGCUUAAAGGACACACCUAUCUGCUGGAAAAAUGACUUCUCUUAACAAAGACACCUCUGGGAGCCACAGUAGGUCAAAGCCACUGAAUACACACAGACUUUAGACAUUCUCAGUGGGCUGCAAAAAUGACUUUACUGCCGUUUAAUACAUGUUAUUUUAAAACCAGCAUUGCAACUCUUGCUUUAUACAAUGAAUCAAAUAAUUGAAUUAAAAGGGUGAACAGUGAUCCCACCAUUUGUGCAAAAGCAAUACACUGGCAGGUAUAGCUCUACCCUUUUAAAAUCACUUAAGGGGCAAAUUAUUAAAAAUAAAAAUAACUGUACAGUACUUUUAAUAAACUCAUGAAUACAGGACUCCUGGCUGAUGUAGGUGUGUGUGAGCCUCGGCGAUGCAGCCCCAGCUUCGACGGUUGAGUCCUGCUCCUCGGAACUAAGCAACUUUGUUUUCUGUUGGUUAGUUUUUUUUUUGUUAACCCUCAUUUUGCCUAGUUCUCUCCACCCAACCCAAAUUAACAGUUCUAUGGGGUCAGCCAAUCAAGCUUCCAUUACUAAGCGGCUAGUCCUGCUAGCCUGACUGGCUCUCCCGUUAGCCCCUGCUCCCCCUUUUGUAGAGCGGCUGAGGUUUGCGUGAAGUGCUGCGUCCCUGCCGGAGCAUCAGAGAAACCUUGGCACUGAUCAACCUCUCUGGUCCACAGG